CCCCCACCCCCGGCGGCGGCGAGGUUAGCGAUGAGGCGGCCGCGGGGAGCGGCCGGAGGAGUUUGUUCUCUCCUCGUCUCCCCGAUGCUCUGAGCCGGAGUCUCCUCCUCCCUCCGGGCUCGCACCGGGGCUGGAUGCUCCGCUCGCUCCUCGCUCCGCAGCCGCCGCCCGAUUCCCGCGAGCCAUGGAGCCACCCGCAGCCGCCCUGGACAGCACUCCUGACCCCGCCAUCGUGCAGCCCCCCGGGAGCAGCCCGCCCGUGCCUGCCCGGGAGCAGCAGCAGGAGCAGCUACGGAUCGGGGAGAGCGGGCGGUUCGGCGAGGGGCCGGAGGACAGAGGUUUACUAGAAAGCAGUACAAGGCUAAAACCUCAUGAAGCUCAAAGCUACAGAAAGAAGGCAUUGUGGGUUUCCUGGGUCUCCAUUAUUGUCACACUGGCUCUUGCAGUGGCUGCUUUCACUGUCUCCGUAAUGAGAUACAGUGCAUCAUCAUUUGGAUUUGCUUUUGAUGCUACCCUGGAUGUUUUGUCGUCAGCGAUAGUUUUGUGGCGUUACAGCAACGCAGCUGCUGUACAUUCUGCACACAGGGAGUACAUAGCCUGUGUUAUCUUGGGUGUCAUAUUCCUCCUAUCAUCUAUAUGUAUUGUGAUCAAAGCUAUUCACGAUCUUGCAAAGAGGGUUCUUCCAGAAGUGGAUGACUUUCUGUAUAGUGUCUCCGUUUUAAGUGGCAUCCUCUGCACUGUUUUGGCAGUAAUCAAGUUUAUGCUGGGCAAGGUCCUUACAAGCAGAGCGCUGAUAACUGAUGGUUCAUCCCUACUGCUGAACUACAGAAAGUCUGCUGCAGAAAAAGCCAUUCUGCUUUCAGUAGGAGUCUCAGCCAUCAUUCAGACUUCCUCCUAUAGAGGCUUCAACUCUCUUGUGGGUGGAAUAAUGGGAUUUUCCAUCCUUCUUAGCGCAGAAGUCUUUAAACACAAUUCUUCUGUCUGGUAUCUGGAUGGCAGUAUAGGAGUUCUAAUUGGACUUACAAUAUUUGCCUAUGGAAUCAAGUUGCUUAUUGAUAUGGUGCCCCGCGUACGGCAAACGCGCCACUAUGAAAUGUUUGAGUGAAGAUCACACACCUCUUCUUUGUAAGGACUCUAAAACUUCAGCAGUUUGGGCAAGUGGUGCCAAUGGUAUUUUAUUCAAUAUGCCGUUUGUUUCCCGUGGUCCGUUUUUGUUGAAGUUUGUUUUAAUGGGAAAUCUCUCUGUAAAAUUGGCAUAUGUGCACACUGCUUGCAAUUCAGUGAAACAGCAGCAUUUUUCUUUCAAUAUGCUAUUGAUUCCUGUGACUAUAGAAAACAUGCAGUUUGCAGUUCUAGCCCAGCUGCCACAUUGUAUAUUCUGAAGUGAAAGUGUUCUUAAUGAUGUGAUAAACCUGUGGGUAAAGAAGUGCCAGUUUCAGAUCUUGUUUAUUUGCCCUGGCCUGUAUUUUCCUAAACACAUGCUGUAACAGAAGCGCAAUCCUUGCUAACCUCUUUGGCUAUGGAAUAUGCUGUUGUAAAGAGCGGACUCCAAGAGCUGUGUUGCUUUGGAACACUUACCUGGGAUCUCCCUUCAUCCCUUUUUAAAUAGGCCCACAGAAAGAGAGGCUACAAACCUUUCUGGGAUCAGAGCGGUUCUUCAUCUGAGCCCUAACCUGAGCGAAGCGAUACCUCUUCAACUUAAAUUCUAUUUUUUCUUAAGAAGACACUGUUUGCUUUGCAUGGACCAAACAAGCACACACAGUAUUACUGUACAGACCAAAGCCAAGAAGUCACGCAAGGAAGAGAAGCUGCUUGAGGAAUGAGACUUUUUAUUCUAUUAUACUUUACACAGAUGUGUUGGUGUGUGUGACUGUGGUUGCUCUGUAGUCUGAUGAUGGCACAGCAGUGGCGCAACUGGGUGGUGAGACAGAGAUCUAUUUAUUAGAUUUAGAUUGUUCUGUAAAGUGUUGCUCACCUUCCAUCGCACAUCUUAUGUAUUACUAGCAGGUUAAAUUAUCAAAGAAACUCGAUGUAUAAACAAUAAAACUGGUAUCUAUUUUAUACAAUACCGUAAGUAACAUUUAAAAACUAUUUCCAGAAUGUACCAUAGAGCAAAGUCUUCCUGUAUAGCAGCCUAUUAAACUGGAUUCUCUGGCUAUA